CUGUGCUGUUGUAGCCUUUUUCGCUUUUGCUGGGCACAGAUAUGUAGAAUAAAUUUUCUGUAAAUUAAUCUUAUGCAGAUAAUUCGCUUUUUGGUUUGUUAUGUUGCAACAAUAAUGGGAAAUAUUUGGUACAAGGCGCCCGACAACCGCGACGCUGAAAUCGUAGGGAGAAAUUGCCGGUAUAAUUAUUCAACUACUGAUUUCAUUGCAAAAGGAGCAUUUGGCGCAGUUUAUAAAGCUACAAUUACGGAACGUGGCAAUUAUGCGGGAGAGGAUGUUGUUGCCGCUAAAGUUGUUCAUCUUGAAGCUCAGUCCGAAAUUAUUGUUAAUCCGACAACCUGGGCGGAAAGGCUUGCCAGGUUACGGAAACUCCCGAAUUUAGUGCACGAAAACCUAGUACCGCAUCAUCAAGUUUGCAUAACGAGAUCUUCUAACGGAGUGACAUUACAGAUACUGAUGGAGCUUUGUAGCAUAUGUUGCAGGUGAUUUAUCAUUUUUCCUCAAAGAAGCAAAGAAGGACACAACUCUCUUUAGCAGCUACCAAGUCGUUGAACGUUACUGUCGCGACAUCACAGUUGGACUGCAUUUCUUGCAUGCGCAGGGAAUCAUACAUGGGGAUCUGAAGCCUGGAAACGUCCUAGUGAAACGCCUGCCAAACGGAAGCAGGAUGUUGCUAAUCGGUGACUUGGACGAUUUAGUUCAAAUGCAAGAAGCCGUUACUUGCUCCGGGGAUAUAUCACAACUGCGGGGAACCGUACGCUACAUGUCACCCGAAAUGCUAAGAAAGUUUUGUACAUCAAGCGAUGAAACUCCCGGCCGAAAAACCGAUAUAUGGAGCUUGGGUUGCGUAAUACUGGAGAUGGCCGAAUGCCAUGUAGGCAAAGAAGCUGCACAGCUGCAUGUAAAAGAUGGAGAAACUGACAACCUUUGCAGUAUUACCCCGGCCAAAUUCGCCUCGAAAAUAAUCGACGGCUACGUACCAUUUAUCAGGGAGGACAUACCGGUACGUUUAGCGGCUUGUGCACGGCUUUGCUUGCAGCAGGACCCAACAAGCAGAAUAUCUGCCAUAGAAAUGCUGCAUGAAUUACCGGUGGUGACCGUCACGGUGUUUGCUAGCAACGCAGCUCUCGGCUGUAUCCAGGUUUUAAAUUUCGACCCAGCAACAAAUAAAAUCCAUGCUCACGAACUGCGUACACCUGGAGACUUGGAAAUACAAAUAAGAUCCUUUCAGCUUAGCAUCCCGAAAAGAGAGAUUGUAUUCCAAACCAUCACAAACGAUAGUAGAACGAAACUGUAUGUCUGGAAUAUGAACACGAAUGAUUGGAAGAAAUCCUUCACGCCUCAUCAUUAUGAUCCAGUUACCUCUGACUGUCAUUUUCCGGUGGUGGUCAAUGACAUGAUUUGUUAUUUUCGCUUUGAUCAUGGCCGUGAGGCCCGUGAAUAUGAUUUUGUGCAAGAGGAAGUAUGCAGUUAUUUUCGCUAUGAUCAUGGCCAUGUGACCCGUGAAUAUGAUUUCGUGCAAGAGGACGUAUGCAAUGCCAAUGCUAAGGUUAUGCGGCUGUUCCAGUGUAACGGGUUAAACAUACACAUAUCGGCGGUUGCUGAGUUUGAGCAGAAACUGCUAUAUGCUUACAACUAUUUUUUGGACGAUCUCUCCACCGGGCUGGCACUGUACGAUUCCCUAUCUGGCGAAUGGACUCAUUUACGAGAUCUCCCGCAAGCGCGCAGUCGGUUUAGUAUGGCAGUCGUCAACGGUUACGUGUACAUUCUGGGUGGCAAGGUCAGAGAAAAACCGUCUUCAUAUUUGUGGAUUGCUACAACGACCUGCAUUCGCUUGAACAUCAGAACAGCGGAAUGGGAGAGUAUUCAUCAUCUUCGAAAACCGAGAUGCCGGCACUUGACUGGAUUUUUCAACGACAGAAUAUACGUAUGCGGAGGCCGAAAUGACGCAAACGAACAUGCACUGGAAAUUGAAGUUUACGAUACUGCCCGAGAGGAACCCUGGUCUACCGUCGCACUAUCGGCACAAGAUCAGCAGCUACUGCGGAAAAUAAUCCUUGGGGAGGAAUAAUAAUCAUUUCAGCUAGUUGAUGAUACAAAAAUACGUCUGUUCUUGGAUAUGCCAAGCAAUUUCUUUGAAAUGCAGCCUUCGAUCAUUUUCACAGAGCGGUUAAUACAAAAACCAUUAUUUAAACUACCACUAAUUUUGGUAUUGAUUAAAUAUUAAAGUAUGCAUUUGCUUCAUUGAAACAGCUUGCU